AGCGCGCGUGCGCAUGUAUAUGUACAUACAUUCGUACACGACCACACAUACACAAUCCUUUUCUUUUAUCUUCCUUUCUUUCAACAAUAUACGUAAAUGUGUGUAAUUUAUCCUUAUUCUCUUGUAUAGCUAUGCUUGAAUUUGUGUACAUAUACUGUUAAUUCUUAUUGCAUAGUACGUUCUAUCGUUUCUUCUCCUCCACCUUUCUUCCACUCUUUUCUUCAGAUUUAUUCUUCUCAUUUUCGGAUAGAAUACUAUUUUUGAUUUUGUACCGGAAUAUUCGAAAUGAAUUAUCUGUGCAUUGGGAACACCAUAUGUAUAUAUGAGUAAUUUUUAGUGAAGUUUCAACAUUUGUAUUGGCAAUAUUUUUUUCUUCGGAAGCUAGAUUUGAUUUCUUCAAAAAUGCUUCAGUAUUUAUUUGUGAAAAUUUCCUUAGAAUUAAUCUGAUUUGAAUAAUAUCCUUUUAAAGUGAUACUCCUUUGUAUGAUACAUUUAAUUAGUCUCUUACAUAUACUAUUAAUUUUAUAAUGUUCGUUUAUAUUAUAAACCACAUUCUAUCCUUUCUUCCUCUCCCCUGUCUACCUUUUUCUACCACCUCUUCCUUUUCAUAUUUAUUCUGUUUAUUCUUGAUAUAAGAUAAACAAGGAGAUAAUAGAAAAAGAGAGAGAACGAAUACAUCUGCACCUGUAUCUAAGCCUAAACAGUUAUAUAGUGGUAUUACGAAGUGUACAAUAGUGAAAUCCAUGCAUUCUGAUAGCAUUGUAGCUGGAAACGAUUCCGUAAUAUGUGCUGUCCGUAUACGUCGCUCGUAAUGUUCAUCUGCAACAUUUAAGUGCGUUCUAAUCGGUCGUUCGUUCAUUCGUUGGUCGUUCUCAUCGAUUCAUUUUAUCCGUGCCGUGGUAGUUUUAUUUGUUUCACUUGUUCUUCGGCCCUUCGGGCGCAAUUAUACAUGUUCUCUCGUUCAUGUUUCUUCUUGCAGUUCCCAAACAAGUCUUGUCGCCGUUCACGCAUAUUUUAACCUGUGUUCUAAGAUUUUCAAGAAUAACCGUGCUUAAGUGGUGCUCCAUGGUGUUUAGAAGUUACCGACCGAGUGUAUUACUUCUAUUUUCUGGCUACCUGCGUAUUUAGAUUCGUGUACUCGUGUUUCUUUUUGCCUGCGACGAUUUUUAAAAAAGUGUCGUCUCAACGAACUUCUGUGUGUUUUCGUGAUAUAUUGCAACACAAGUGUUCCUCGCAAAGUUCUUUCCUUUGAUACACGAGAAUCGCAUUUUAUAAUGAUGUCCCGGAGCAGUGGUGAGAGUGCUGAAGAGUAUUCAAGAUCCUGAAAUAGCGAAUCUAAUAAUAGGCGAUAUCUUAUUCCGACCACUUUUCGUGUGAACUUGAAGAGAUAACAACGUGCAGCGUGUGAUUAAUUAACGAACAAAAUCAAACACUGCCGGGGAUAUUGCCGCUGCUGCCAUUGUCAGCGCUACCGAGAUUCAAGAACGAGUUGAUGUCUAAAGAUGAAAUGUCCCUAUAUGCCAAGUAAUUCAUCCACCAAAUUAAAAGCUAUGGUUGAACAUUAAGACGAGGAAGAGAACAAAAUUAUUAACUCCAAGAGUACAAAAAAACUAAGAAACGAAUGGAAACGAAACGAAGGAAGUACACAGAAGAAACAAAAGAAGAAUAGCGUUACUGGUGGAAAGAAGGGAUCGAAUGGCACAAACUUUAAGAAGAAAACAACAACGAUUCGGAUAUCUUUGAUGCAACCAGUUGUCGUCAGUUGCUGUAUGCGCUGAAACUGUGCGCGUAUGUGUUUCUCGUUCUGCCAUCUUGAAAGUCAUCCAAUUUCUUUCUCUUGGUAGCGCGCUGGGUCACGUGUACCGGAAGCGUGCACGGUGCGUGCAUCGUACACGCACUGUGCUAGGGUACUAUGAAACGAAGGAACAUCGGGUUGAAAAUAAAACCAACAAAACAACACGAUAAUAGCACACGAUAGAAGAACUGCAUAAUGAAAGCGAGUUUGACGAUAAAUUUGUUUUAUUGCGGGAGUGAUAACGAGUGGUGUAGCAGCAGUAGUAGCGGUAACAGCAGUAGGAACGACAACCCCGAAAUAAACACAGAUGACACUACUAGCAGUAAGAAAAACGGAUAUGACAAUGGUUUUAACGGCAACGAUGAACCGCGAGUGGAAUAUAGUGUGGAAGUUGUUAAGUGUGAGCCACGUGGCAACAGUGAUGAUGAGAUUGUCGAGCAGUUGUAUUUCAGCGAGGUGUACUCACACUGAUUUGUGAGUACUAGUAGAGAAAGAGAAAGCGGGAGACAGAGAGAUAGAAGCCACCAAGACUCUCGUGGAGAGCGGGGCACAGAAAGAUAUGCGGACCUUUGUGCGAACAGCUGAACCGGAAGUUGUGAGAACAAGUGGAGUGCAACGCGCUCCGCCUAAUCGGUGAUAGGGUCAGUCGGUUAAAAGAAGACAAAAUUGGCAUUCGCAGCGACGGCAACGCGGCAUCUUUCACGAUUACCUUUUUCUCUCAUCCCUUCCCUCUUUUUCUUGUUUCGUUUCGUUUCACCUCGUUUCCUUUCUCUCUCUCUCUUUUUCUCGAAACUCUUUGACUCGACUCUCACUCAUUUAUUUUAUAUAUGUAUAUACUGUUCUACUCUCUGUUGAUUACCGAAAAGUCUCACCUUUUUAUUUCUCGAUCGAGUAACGUUCGUUAAGUAUAUAUCGUAUAAUGGUGACACACGCAAUUAAAACGUUGGAAGGAUAAUGCAAAUGAAAAUUCGUCGUAUAGAAGCCGCGUCGCGUUCCCCCACAAUAAUGAAGAAAUCGUCGCUGGAGCAACAGCGCAAGAAAGAAAUUUGAAAAGUCGGUUAAGUUGUGUUACGAGUGUACGAAACCGAGUGGCGUGGAACGCAUGAAAGUGUAUGUAAGCUAACAGAAGAAGAGAAAGAGAGGGAAACAACGAGCGAACAACAGAGAAGAAGGAAGAGGUAGUGAGAAAUAAAAAGAAACAACAACGUCACAACGAAGAAAUGAAGACAGUGUGAGUAAUAGUGGAAGCAAGAGGGAAAUGAUAAAGAAAAAGAAAGAGUUUACGAAGGGAAUAGCUUAGUGAGAAGAGAAGCAAAAAGUUCGCGCGACGUACAGUAUAAUGUGGAGUAGCGUGUUUCGCAAAAGUUUUUAAAAAGUCGAUAUAGAAUUUAUAAAUAGAUCGGUUGAUAUACUCACAUAUGUGCACGCGUACGCAUGUGUGCGUGAUUACGCGCGCACAUGUACGUGAUUUGCACUCGAGACUGAAGCGGUGAAUUAUUCUCGCACGGAUUGACUACUCGUGGGGGAAAUUUGAGAUCCGGCUUACCUUCCACAGCUGACGUCAUUACCGUACACAAUGCGCUAGGGGUGAUGGAGACAGUGAGCAAGCAAGUCCAAGUAGUGAGCGGACUGGGGGUGGGGGGUCCAGUGGGCCCGGUGGGUCCAGUGGGGGCAGAUUUGCAUCACCAUCAUCAUCCUCACCCCCACUCUCAUCCUCCACACCCACAUGCCCACCCCCACGGUCAUCCUCACGGACCCCAUGGCCACUCACUGGUCGGCGUAACGUCGACCCCUGGCAGGGGUCAGACACAACCACCGGUCUCGCAUAACCAGCAUUUACCCGCGAGAUCUACUCCUGUACAGCUGCAUAGGCCGACGCAGAGUUAUGUCAACAUCAAGAGCAGCAGCCCUGUAUCUCCACGAACGAUAGGAACAGGAGUGACGUAUGUGCAGGGCGGUGCGGCUUCAUCUUCAGCAACAGCAGCGGGGACAGUCGGAAGUGGAAGUGGCGGAGGUCCUUCAAUCGGUGGCGGCGGUAGCGGUGGAGGAGGCGGUGGUGUUAACAACGCCGGUGGCGCGAACAGCGGUACAGGAGUCGUCGGGGCUGGAGCUGGUGCUGGUUCCGUUGGAAACGUAGCACCAGUCGGAAAUGGUAACAACAACGGUACCAAUAACAGCGCCGGUGCGGGGAGCAAUAGUGGCGGAAAUAGCGGUGCAGUGGGUGGUGCACCAGGAGGUUACGUUGCUGUGCCCAUGGCUGGUAGCCUGCGGUAUAUCCAUCCGUACCCGUCGACGCCUACGUCGGCGUCGGUGCCGGCUGUAGCGACGAUGGUCACAUCGGCCUCGUCGGCACCGACUCCAAUACCCGUUCCAGCACCCGCAGCUGCACCUGUCAAUCCACCUACAGUUAGUCAAACACCACCACCAUCGCUUUCGGGAACGUAUGCCACAAGAGAUGGUGGAUAUCGCGGCGCCACCACGAAUGUGAACGAGAGGAUUGCCAUUAGCGUGAGCAGUAGUCCCCUGUCGCAAAUAGGAGUCGGUGUUGGAGUAGUUGCAGCCGAAUAUGCGGCGAAUAGCGGUAUAGGUAGUGGUAUGGCUGGUGGAAGAGGGGACAGACCGAGGAUAUCUCUUUUACCACCUGCUUCGGUGACACCAACACCUUCACCAACAGCACCAGAUUAUCAGCACGUGUCCAGUGCAAGAAAUUCACGAAUAGCCCUGAUGCCCGUCCAGCCGGAUCAGUAUUGCAACCGUACGGCCGUUGAAAUGGCCAAUCUGCAGGAGGCGCCGCCCUUCAAGAAGAUACGCCUCAGCCAACCGACUCAGAUUCAAUUGCAAUCCCAAUCGCAAUCUCGCUGUCAUAGUUUGUCACCCGCUGACCCGUGCGUUAAGCAGGAGCACGUGGUGCAGUUGCAGCAACCACUUAGGAUAGACACUAGGCAGCCGGCAACAGAAGCGUAUACACCCCAAACUGAAGCGAUUUCACCUACGCUUCCGGAACCGAAUACGCAAGAAGAUGCGCAGUUCAGAAGCACCAAGGAUGAUCUUCUACAGCAAAUCUCCAAGGUUGACAGAGAAAUUGCAAAAAGGGAGUCUCAGAUAAAUAAGCUUCGGAAAAAGUUAAAGGAAUUGGAAGAGACAGCUAAUAAACCUCUAGAAGCUAGCGGACUUAAACGACAGGUUGAGGAACAGUCUCAGCAACCAAAGCAUCAGUCUUUGGCACAAAAAAUUUAUGCUGAGAAUAGGAGGAAGGCAGAAGAAGCUCACAGACUUUUAGAGAGGCUAGGUCCAAAAGUGGAACUACCUUUAUACAAUCAGCCAUCAGAUACAAGCGUGUAUCAAGAAAAUCGAACAAAACAUCAAACGUGUAUGAGAGCAAGGCUUAUAGCGAGGCUUCGACGAGAACACGCUGAACGCGCAUCUCUCCAUCGACAACAGUCACAAACGUAUGCUAUUUUGGUACAGGAGUGGCAUCGUAAAGUAGAGCGAUUGGAAGCAACGCAGAAAAGGAAGUCGAAAGAAGCGAAGAAUCGCGAAUUCUUCGAGAAAGUGUUUCCAGAAUUGCGGAAACAAAGGGAAGACAAAGAGCGUUUUAAUAGAGUCGGUGCACGUAUCAAGAGUGAAGCUGAUUUGGAGGAAAUUAUGGAUGGCCUUCAAGAACAAGAGAUGGAAGAUAAAAAGAUGCGCUCGUACGCAGUAAUACCUCCAUUGUUGUUGGAUACAAAGCAGAGACGAAUCGCAUUUCAAAAUCGAAAUGGUCUUCUUCAGCCGGAAGAAUUAGAGGCUCUUCACAGUGAACGAAAGUUAAUCAACGUAUGGAGUUCUGUGGAGCACGAAUUGUUUAAAGAAAAAUAUCUACAACAUCCUAAGAACUUUGGGACGAUAGCUCAAUCUUUAGAACAUAAGUCCGUUCCAGAUUGUGUGCAUCAUUACUACCUCACUAAAAAAGCAGAAAAUUAUAAGCAGCUCUUGCGAAAGUCGCGGCAACGAACACGUAGCUCUCGAAAUAAUCCUAAUAAUAAAGUAAAUAAUAGCAGUUCAAGUAUUGGAAAUCUAGACAUUUUAACUACAGGUGUGACAACAAGGUUGCAACGUGAGCAACAGCAAAAAACACAAGAGAAUCCUCAAAAUAGUUCAGCAGGGACAUCAAGUACAACGACGACGACGACUACGACUACGUCAAGUGUAUCAACUGCUGUUGCAACAACAAUAGCGACCACUUCGACGACUCCUUUAAAUUCAUCAACGUCGAGUAUAUGUUUAACGACGGACUCUGUAAUAGCAUCAACGACAGCUACAACGACAUCCGUGUUGAGCACCACGACAUCGUCUGUCGCGACGUCGUUGACGACAACAAGCGCGAAGGAUAACAGGGAAAUCAAUAAAGAAAACAAAGAAAGUAAAAUGGAAUCGAAGGAGUCGCACCUUAUUAAAGUCGAAGUGAAAGAGGAGCCCCAAUUAAGUUCCGAAACGGUGUCAGGAAAGGACGUCAAAGUAAUGGAAGUAAACAACAGCGAUGGUGGAAGCGUGGUAACCGCGAGUAGGAUAAAAGAAAAAAAGAAAGAUAAUCAUGCCAACCCUAUGGAAACCAGCGACGAGGAAGCCCAACCGAUGGACACCAUUGGUGGCAGACAGAUCGGUCCGCACGCCUGCACAGUUUGUCAAAACAUCGUCGAAGGAAAUACGCAGAGCAGAGCAUUGCCACGAAGUCAAGCGUCACAGUAUGGACUACGAGAGGAUCAAGUAGCACCUGGUGCACGCGUGUGCAAUACCUGUAGGUGCAAGGCCGUCAGAGGACGGUACACUGCGUGCCCAUUGCCCGGUUGCCCAAAUCUGAACAACGCUAGCUCGAAAACGAGGGUGAAGAGAUUGCGAGCUUUACCUGCCAAAUGGCUCGAUUUACCUGCUGAAAUUCGCGAUCCAAUUAUUCAAGAGUUUCAAAUACCAAGUAGCGCGACGAAAUGUUGCUCGGCCUGUUUCAAUCGAAUAUCUCGUCGAUUGGCACCGCAUCUAACCGGUGGUACUGAAGUGCCCGAGGGCUCAGCCGAUUCCCUUGCUCGACAAUGGACGGAUGAGGAACUGGAACAACUAAGGAGAGCCCUUCGAGAGCACGGUACCAACUGGGUGAAGGUUGCCGAGCAAAUAUCUGGAAAGACGAACCAUCAAUGCAAAAAUUAUUAUUUUGCCUAUCGAAAGAAGCUGAGUUUAGAUCAGGUUGUAGCAGAAUAUUAUCAGUCAUUGGGCGAAGAGAGGAGACCUUGUUUAACGGACGAAGAAGAAAGUGGUAGCAGUACGAGUAGCUGUGACGAGUUGGCGGUCCAUGAUUCGAGCGAUACAGCCAGUGCAGGUAGUCCAGCGAACAAUUUGUCCAGUGGAACACCAGGUACACCGGGUGCCACGGCAUCCUCGAAUCUGCCAAUAUCCUAUUCGCGAUCGACAGACCAGAAGCUUGGUGACAAGUUAGUAGCGGAUAUCGCUGUGGUAUCAUUGGUACCUCCGGUGAGCAUAGGCCCAUCGCAACAGUCUUCCACCAGUGGAAGUAGCAACGCUGCUUCGGCUGGCACUAGAGAAGAUUAUGAUAGUUCUGCCACGGAGACAGCGGACGAAGGUCAGGGAGGAACCGAUCUAGAAAAUAACAGCGUAGUCGUUACGUUAACAACUGCCAAUAAUUCCACGACGCUGCAACAACAGCACCAGCAAUCGCAUCAACAGGUGCCACCGCCUUCACAUUCUCCACCAUCCACUACCAGCAACUCCAAUCCUCUCACCGUGAAGGAUCUUAUGCUUGGCGUUAUUGAGAUGCAACUGAAACGUAAUCCUAACAGUCCAGCUGGUACCGGUGGUUCGUCGAUACCAGUCAACUCUGGAACACCAACGAUAUCGAGUAUAUUAAAAACGGAUCAUAGGAACGAUAUCACCUUUGUAAGAGAAUAUAAACCGUCGGUCACUAUGGCAAAUGCUAGUAUGCCAAGGGACUCGAAUUUGGCUACUUUGUCGGUAGUAUCUGGUCCUCACCAUGGACACCGAUCUGCUCCUAGUCCUCAGCAAAUUGGUCAAAUGCAAGCAACUAUUACUCCCUGUCCACCGGCGCCAUCGAGCAGUCAGUCAUCGACAUCGGAUAUACUUCCAAAGGAAGGAUUAGUCGUGAUGCAAGUACAACAGGCGCUACGGGAAAGCACCGAGGGCACACUAGAUCUGAGUAUCAAGAAACCAAGGCAGCAACAAGAAUACAAUCAUUCCCUGCAAACGCUUCACAAACCACCAACCGUUACACUCUACCGGCCAGAACCUCCACCAGGGGCUUACUAUCAUCCUCACGCUCACCCAGAACAAGGACGCGGCGCGAAAAGUCCUCUGGUAUAUGCCUCCUCGCCACGACCUCAAGCACCUCUUACACCUAAGAUGAAUAAAGUCUCGGUCCCACCGCCGCAUCCUAAAUUGUCACCCAAGUUGGGCGCGAUAGGGACAACGAGCCACAAAAGUGGUUCCAUUACACAUGGUACUCCAGUGUCCACUGCACGUUACGAGGGCCUUCUUAGACAGAUGACUCCUCCAGGAAACCCUGGUAACGCCGCUGGAACGCCCAGUGUGCCCAGUGGCGCCAGUGCAGUGAACGCUCCCAGCAAUCAAGGACCUAAAGAAACGGGAUCCAUAACUCAAGGAACACCUGUUCAUCCUUUCGCGGUGGAUAAGCGCGCGCCAAUGUAUGAUUAUCACCGCACCAUUAGACACUCACCUGUAACAACCGGCAAUAUUCCUGGCCAAGGUCAGGCCCAACCUGGAACGGCAGCAGUGGUAGUGACCCAUAGCAAUCAGUAUAAUUCUUAUUCGGGACGACCACCUCCUAGUUACACCAUGGAACAACAGCUGUCUUCGAGACAGAUAAUCAUGAACGAUUACAUAACCAGUCAACAGAUGCAUGCGCGUAGUCGAAGCGUUGGUACGUCUGAAGGUAGUAGUAAAAACGAAGCACCAUCUACGUUGUACUAUACCAGCACACCCCCGCCACAGACCCACACGCAGCCUCGACAGGGUGUGAUACAGAGGCAUAACCCACAAAAACAGAUCCAUUUUCCGCCGCCACCGGGACUGGAGGCGUUCUCCAGUUUAGUGGAUGUCGCAGUACAACAACCAAGUCUUCCGGUUCCCCAUCCUCAUGGACAUCCUGCAUCUGGUACCAGCAGUCACGAAGGUCUUGGUAAGACCAUGGCAGAUAGAUUGUUGGCUGAUCGUUAUGGGGAUAAGCAUCGUCUAGCCAUGCAUCAAGAUCAUAGAAUGACUGUAGCUCAUCAUCAUCAGCGUGACAGAGAAAGAGAACGAGAUCUGGUUCACCUGCGCGAGAAGGAAGAAUAUAGACUACAAAGAGAGAAAGAAAUUCAACAGGAGCACAGAUUGGCUCAGCAGAGGGAGAAGGAUGUGCAGCAUGCUGAACACAGGCUAUCGAUACAGCAACGAGAGAAAGAUAUGCAACAUACUGAACACCGUCUUACCGUCCAUCAACAGAGAGAGAAAGAGAUUCAUCAGCAAAUGGCAGCAGCUGCUGCUCAACGUGAGAAAGAACAUCAAGAGCAUCGUUUGGCUGUGCAACAGCAGAGGGAGAGAGAUUUGGCACAUUUACAGCAGCAACAGCAACAGCAACAGCAGCAGCUACAACAGCAUAUUCAACAACAACAGAGGAUGGAAGCUGAAAGAAGACACAUGGCUCAGCUGUACAGAGAUCAACAGCAGCAACAGCUUGAUAGGGACAGCAGACUAAUAAGUACUGGGUUUACUCAAUCCUCGAGACUUCAGCAACCACAACAAUCCCAACAACAACAACAACAACAAUCAUCCUCUAGACAAAACCAGUCCUCCAAUCAGCAGCAAAACGAGUCAGCAUCUACGUUAACUGCUGCCAGUCUGAUAGAUGCUAUUAUAACACACCAAAUUAAUCAGAGUGUCGAAAACACUGGUGGAAAUUCUCAACCGCAGCGACCUGGUGAUCGUCUUUUCCAGAAAACUUUUCAGGGAUUUCACCGGGAAGCCCCAGUAGAACCAAAUGGGAUGGCUCAUAGUCCUGCCGGCGAGGGGAAUGGUGGCAACAACGGAGCUGGGAGCGCAGGUGGCAAUGGAAGUGGAAAUAAACCGAUCACUCUUGGAGAACACGUUGACCAUAUUGUUUCUAAAGAUUAUGGUCCACCACAUUCCUCAUAUAGAUCGUACAGCGGGUAUCAAAUUUCGGAAGAUCAGUGGAAGAGGCGAAAAACUAGCGAACCCGAUUCCGUUAAAGCCGGGGACGAGCGUCAGAUAAUUCGAGUCACGCAGCAACAAUCGCAGCAGCAGCAGCAACAGCAGCAGCAGCAGCACCAACAUCAACACCAACACCAACACCAACACCAGCAUCAGCAACCAGCAUCAUCAGUAGGAAAACAAUUCCACUCAGUCGAGCCUGUUUCGCCACCAGAACCAGGUACCAAUCAUUACGGUCGUCGCCUGUAUGAAACAACCACUGCCACAUCAACUUCCGGAACUCCUUCCAAUAAGCCGCACCUUUCACCUCUGGAUUACGUUAAGAACAAGAUCGUUGAAGUGAUGCGUACAUCAGAGGACGAUAAAGGAGGUAGCGUAACUGACAGAAACGGAGGAAACGUAACGAGCGGAGAAAAGGACGACAAAAUCGGAGGGAACGUGGAAAGCCCCUCGAGUGGAGAAAUGAUGGUCGACGAGACUCCGAAUCAAACUCCUCAACCACCAGCACCGGCACCCACUACCACCUUUUAUCCAUUCAGCGCUUUAGGCGUUCACACUGGCCCGCCGCCAGCGCCACCACCCCCGACUUCCGGAUCAGCCUCUGUGACAAAGUCUGAGCAAAUGCAAGCCGAGCCGGCACCAUUGCUUUCUGCGCAGUACGAACCACUUUCUGACGAGGAUUGAUAGUCUAAUAAUUUAGGAACGUGUACAGCAAUCUGUACUGAUCGACGCUCUGAGUAUAUUCUUCUUAGGGUAUUUAUGUGGUUUGUUUAUCCUGGAUGAAAAUCAUAUUCAGACUACGACAAUGAAUGUUGAAUAUUUCACAAUUACCAAUAUCUUUUCUCGGGCGUUAGCCACUGCGUUCUAACUGGUCGUGUCCAAUAGUUCUUCUCAAAUGAUAAACAAGUCAAAGGACCUUUUCUCUUAUUUCGUUCCGUUUCGUUCCGUUUUUUCAUUUCCAUUCUCUUUUUUCUUUUCCUUUUUUUAUCAUGAACUCUAUCAUAUUCCGCAAAUAGAGAUUAUAGUACGAUGUUUUUAUAUAUAUGAAUAGAGUUUAUUUUAUAAAUUUCAUAUUCCGUCAGUGUAUUCUUUUAGUCGAGGAUCGUUUCCGUACUCUCUGUGUACAUGUAAAUGCGGUUGUUUUACGGAAACGUUAUUAUUUUUUUAAUACUCGUCCCAACGCACGAGAAACGAUAACAGCGUAAUUUUAAUUAAUAAUUGAUAUUUUUUUACGCAUUACUUAUUCUCCGCGCUAAUCUGUACGUAAACGUUGUGUAUAAUUAUCAGCUAGAUUAAAUAUAAUUAUUUCUGUUUUCACCGCCACUUCUUUUUGUUUUUUAUAAAAACGCUAUGAUUUUUUUAAGAUAUCAUUCGCUUCUAACUUAUACUAGUUACUUAUACAAAACGAGGAUUUUUUAAUUUCAAAACGGCGCAGAGGAAUCUAUACAGAUGUAAAAUUAUUAAAUCUUCUGUAAUACACAUAUCGUCGUGAUAUUUAAUUUUUUUAUUGAAUUUGAAAAAAAUAUAAGAACAGCGUGUAGUGAAAUUUUGGCUAAAAGCGAAAAUUGUUUUUAAUGCUCAUAAAAGCUUCUGAGUAGUGUUCAGUCGUCUUUCUACACGUAAUUUUGCGUCUAAUUAUAGAAAGAAAGUGUGCAUCGUACGCAAGUAUUCGAUCCUUUCCAGAACAAGACUAUCAACAAAGAUUAAGCGAAUAGAAUCGACCUGUAGAACGUCCAGGCUAGCCCAAGUUCACAAUGGAGACGCUUUUUUGUACAUAAUGAAUGAUAUAUAAUCGUUAAACGACGAUACAACGUUAGAAAGGCAUACGUGUUUUUAUUUGGAAUGAAUCUGUGAUGUGUUUGGGAGUAUACAAAAAUAGCUUCAUCUGUUAAUACCAGUGCGAAGAGAUCGUAGCCUCAAAUUUUGACGAAAAGUCAAUAUGGCGGACGUGUAAGGACAUAUAAAAUGCAUCCUCGCACAGGUUGACGGUGUACUGUCUUAUCGAGAUCAUAUUUAAAUGUUCUCUCCUUGGUGAAGUGGGUUUUAAACAAAACAACAAAAAAAAGUGUAAUUCUAAGUGUUGUACAUAGUACACAAUAUUAAUUUCUAAGUUGGACAAGUAGGUAUAUGAUGGCUAGUUUAAUCGUAUGCUAUAUUGUAAGAAUCUAGAUUUAGCGUAAGUGAUGUAGCUAGCAUUUAGGGAUUAGACGCCAUGAACUGACUAGGGAAAGAACUUCCCGAACUACUUCUCUUAUUAAUAAUAAAAAGAAGAAGAAGAAAGAAAGAAAGAAAACGUAUACAGGCGAUUAUAAAUGAUCAAUGGGAAGAAUGAUCAUCCGUCACAUGCAAGCGAAUGGAUGUGAAUUUUAUUUUAUUUGAUUGAAAUUAUAGAACCUGUACGCUCUGACUAUCAAACAAACAAGAAAAAUACAUUACGCAGUUAUACACGUUGCAAAACACAAGUUACAUUUUCACUUACUCAGAUAAAUACAUAUACAUGCAUACAUACAUCGGUGAAGACACGUGUAACACAUAAAGAAUUUUUAUAUAGCCUAAUUUUAUAUUUGUAUGCAAAUGUAAGUUGAACCGUGCGGUCUGCUCCUUUAUUUAGUCACGCGACACUCGAAACGAGAACCUUAGUCCCCUUGUCAUAAGAAAAAUAUUGCUUUUUAUUGCAAAUAUUUGCUGCACCGGAAAUCACUUCUAUCAAACGAGUAUAUAUACAUAUAUGUAUACAUACAUACAUAACACACAUACGUAUCUAUGUAUGUAUGUAUAUGCUUAUUAUAUACAUACAUUUAAUAUAUAUGUAUAUUCCUUCGUAUUUUAUUUCUUUACACACUUUUUUAUAAUCAAGCUCAUGAAAGCUCUCGAGAAAAAAAAGCAUUCAGUCGGACAAUGCGAGUGCCUCUAUACAUUUGCGCGAACUAUUUUUACCAAAAUGUAAACAUAGAUUUCGUUGUCUCUACAUUGUGGGUCGCGAUUUCAUCAUCUUCUUUUCGCUUUAUAUGUUUACAUCGUUUCGUUUCCGCAAGGAUCAUAUCGGAGGAGUAUCCAAUAUUAUAUGUACAUACUGCACACGCGUGAAAUAUUUGUUCAAUAGAGAAUGUUCGAACUAUAACGUCGGUGAAAUAGAGUUCGUUUGCAUCUAUAUAUAUAUAUAUACAUAUAUAUAUACAUAUACAUAUAUAUAUAUUAUAUAUAUACAUAUAUAUAUACAUAUACAUAUAUAUAUAUUAUAUAUAUAUACAUAUACACAUAUAUAUUAUAUAUAUAUACAUAUAUAUAUUUAUAUAUAUAUAUGUAUGUAUGCAUGCAUGCAUGUAUGUAUGUACGUAUGUAUGUAUGUAUGUAUGUAUGUAUGUUGCGACACACGAUCGUUUCAGUAAAGCGGACAAUGUCCAAAAAGGGGAAAAAAUGGAACAAAUGUCUCGAAACCGAUGUUAUAAACGAAAAACAAAGAUCUUACAAAGCCUCCUUGACACGAUCACGAGUUGAUAAAAUAAUGAUUUUGAAAUUCAAAGACUUCUGUGUGUUGACCUUUGUUCGACGUUGUUUUUUCUAGCGAUUUUACUUUUCUUGAAAACGAAAAAAAGAACGAAAGGAAAAGUUUAGCUUUUCCUAUAGGCGUUCGUAUUAAACUUUAGCACAGGAAAUACUCCAUAGUUUAUAAACGAAUAGCAACGGUGGUAUCGGGACACUUCAGGAUUGCGAAUUCGUCGUUUACCUUUCGCGAGUUACAUGUUACCGUCAUUCGUCUAUAGAAAAAAAAGAGGAAGAGUGAAAGAACGAGAGAGAAAGAGAGAGAGUGUGUGUGUGUGUGUAUGCAAAACAAGAUCGUUUGAUAAAACCGUGUCUGUAAAUAAACGAACUUAUUAACCUUCGCUUCGCCAGUGGUCUCAUGUUAAGGAUUCUUAGUGUCUUUUCAACUUGCGACUUCGUAAAAAAGAGAACUUCUGUGUUCUAUGCCGCGAUUUUUACAUAUUUUUAAACGACAACGUAAAAAGGAGUCUUUAAAGAUCUCGGAUGUUAAGGAAACACGUGAUCAUCGAUGCAUCCAUGCCGACACACUGUCCUUUCUCAUGCUGUUGUGAUUAUAGUAAUAUCGCGUCAUUCGAAUGAAUUAUAUUACGUUUAGUUGGUAACACAGUAUCAAAUUAUGGUCACCAUCAUUAUUAUCUUUAUCUCUACAAUUACAAUUACAAUUAUAAUAUCCCGUCAUAUUGAUUAAUCCUGCAAUAGCAUUUUGUUUUUUGGGGUUAUCGAAAGCGGCAAUCUUCGCGAAUGUAAUUCCAAUGAUUUGCAUAAAUUGAUAUUCUGCGAUCUAUAAAUCAGUGUAACAGAUUUUUACCCUUCUUAUUUGGACAAAACUCACAUCAUUUCCUUUUUUCCAAUUUAAUUAACUUUCAAGUUAUUGACUUUCAUUGACUUUCAAAAAGUCAUGUAAGAUAUUCGAUUAUUUCUUGCAAAUCCAAAUGUAACAUCAUUAUACAUGAUUUCAAUGUUAUAUUUUUUUCGUAGAAAUUGUUUCUUAUACUUUUGUCAUGUCAUAAAGACCUUUCACUUCAGAAACUGGGAUCUUUUAUGUCCUAUACUAACUUGGAUCUUUUGCUGUUAACGAUGUGCCAUUGCAGGAUUAAUAUUGUUCUGUUCGAUCGUAGAAUCGUGAAUGUCAAACAGAGCGGGAUAUAAAAAAAAAGAAAUUUCUCUCAGCGUCUGAUAGUAAUUUAAAAUACUGUUCUGUUCAACGCAUAUAACGUAAAAACGAUAUUCAAAAUGAAAUGCGUUAAAAGAUGUCAAUCAGAGGUCAUCUUCUCAGUAUUAUUUGGAUAAUCUGCCCUGGGCGCAAGAAGGUAUUCGUGAGAAAAAUUAAAAUGACAAUAUACAGGGUGUCCGAGUCUUUUCCAGGCAAAUUUUAUCAGAAUGUUCUAUAGAUAUAAAUAAGAAAAGAAUGUUAUACAAAUAUAGGUCAUUCGAAGCUUUAUUAAAAUGUAAUAAUAAAAAUGAAAAAUAUAAAAAAACAAUACGUAAAAGUUAGAUCACCAGUAUCGGCUGACUUCACACCUCGAUACUUUCAUGUGUGAAUAACCUUAGAAGAAAAUACUUAUAUUAAACAAUUAUUAAUAUAUGUGAACGAAUACAAAGAUUUAAUUAAUUCACUGAGGUGGACUUCGUAGAUAAUUUUAAAUUGAGAUAGUAACACUUAAUGAUUACAUUGAUUGUGAACUUAUUCUUGUCUUAUAACAUAGUACAUUCAAAUCAGCUUCUUGAAAUUUUUCAAUAAAGCUUCGGACGACCUAUAUCUACGUAACAUCCUUUUCUUAUGUACACCUAACAAAGCAUGACCAGAAGAAAUUAGAAUACCCUGUAUAAACAUGUGUACACUAUAUAAAUUCACGCGAAGAAAAACACCAUGGAAAUUCUGCAGCUUCGCAUAAGAUAUACAGAGCAUUUAUUUUAGCCAAUGGUAAGGCGAUUCACAAUCAACAUAAAUCGUAUUAUUACGGAGCUUUACAUUCAUCGUACCAUCAAAGAAAUAAACAGCAGAAAAGAACAAAAAGAUAAGAGUAAAUUUUAGAUUAUACAAAAUCGGAGUCCUGAAGAAUACCGUGUUUAAAUGCUUCCAAUAAAUUAAACAAAUAAAAAACAAGAUAACAUAUAGAGAAUGGAAUAUUAGGACGAAACAAAUACAUAAACGGAAAAGUAUACCUAGUGUGAACGACAGCAAUUUCUAAACCGUGAUCCGAUUGUACUUUUCGAAGAGUGCCCUUGGCGUUUCUCUGCUUUCUUUCUGCUGCAUUAACGUAGAUUGUCGUAGGUCGUAGGUGAUCGAACGCUUUUACUUUUCUCGCUCGCCGCCUUAUCGAACUUUAUCAUCAAUAACUCCAUGUCUUCGGCCGUAAUACCAAACUUAUGAAAUAUACAUAUUGAGUAUGUAUAAUCACCAAAUUAAUACACACAAAAUUAUGUGUCUCUCAGAAACUACGUUGGUCAACUUCAUACAUCAAAAGAUAAAAAAAAGUGAUAGAAAAAUGUAUAUACCUUGCUUAUUUUACGAUUAUUUAUGUUAUAUUCUUACAGUGUACGAAUGAAAAAAUAAACUGACGAAAGUAAGUCAUUUUUUUUUAAUCAAGCUGGAUGCUAAUCACGUGCUCAGAGAAUGCAAUUCUAGAAUUUGAUGAAAAGUGGUGUUGAUCAAUUUGGCUCCUGAGAGCCAAAUAUAUGUGUGUACCGAACAAAUUUUUGUGAACUCUCUUUGAUCUAUGCGUCGAUCUUUGUACAUACGUACAAACACGACUCGACAUUGUGCAAUUGCGUGUAAAAAUAUUUUCAAGAUUAACGCUUGCUCAGGUCGAACUCUCGAGCGAUACUCUCGGAUGUUAAUAGCGGAAUCGAAUGUCCUAUAUUAGAGUUGGAGUUAGAAAGUGGAGUACGACAAUGGCAAUCCUCUUUUUUAGAUACUUCGCAACAUCGUAAGACAAAGUCAAGUGAAAAUAAAUAUACAUACACGAGAAAACACACAGACACGAUAAAAGAGAACAAAAAAGAUGAAAACUAAUAUUAUCGUUGACAUGGCAGGUAAAUCACAUCUAGACUAUUCUAUAGACUAGAAACGACGUAAGAUAUCGAUAAGACAUCGUGUGUAUGUACCUAUAAUCGUUUGCAACCUGAAGGGACAUCUAUCGAUUGAUGAUUCCUUUCACAUAAGGAAAUCUGUACAUAGGUAAAAGAGAGAAAGUAGAUGGAAUGAAGUAAAGAACACGCCGAGGUACUCAGCUCCAUCUUAAACAAAAAAUAUUGUACCAUAAUAAUAAUAAUGAUGAUGAUGACGAUGAUAAUGCUUAUGAUGCGGUUGCGCGGAAUGCGAGAAGCUAAUAAGGAGACAAAAGAGUAAAUAAAACGAGAUUUAAACAAAAAAGAAGAGGAAGAAAAAGCAAAAAAAAGAAAAAAAGGAGAAAGGAGAAGUGAAAUAAUAACAUUAAAAUAAACAAAAGAAGAAAGGCUAAGAAGCGAUAUUACCUACGAACCCGCUAUUAAUGCGAUUAAUUCAAAUAAAUUAACUACAAUUAAUAGCGAGCGAGAGCAUACCACGCCUACAGUAAACUACAGGUGUAGCAUACACGAUAAUAUUAUUAUCAAGACAGUUCAAUGUAAAUUGUUAUUUUUGUUGAAAUAAAAAUCACCUCCGUUAUAAUAACGA